AUGAAGCUAAUGUUUUUUCCGGUGACAAUGAUUGAAGAAUUUCCACAUGUUUUACUUUAUUAUAAUUUUACACGUAAAAAAGAUCGUUAUUUUUUAUCACCCUAUGAAGUCGAUAUAUCAACACAUGGUUCACAAAGAACUGUAUGUGAUAUAAUACGUUCAUCGGAUUUUCUUUGUGGUUUACUUGAUAUUGAUCGACCAACAAUAAUAAAACAAACAUCAUCAAACAUAACUUCAACCGGUUCAACAACAGUCGAUAAUAGUUCACCAACGAUUAGUGAUGAAACAUCUGGUCGACGUGCAUUAUCUUGUUCAUCAACAUCUGGAAAUACAAAUUCUAAUGAUCCACUUUUAACAAUGAUCGAACAACGAUUAGAUUUUAAACAUCGUUGUAUGUUUUAUUCAACUGGUCCAGCAUCAGAUUUAUGUGUUUGUGCUCUCGAUGUCAAUUAUAAUUCAUCGGUUGUAUGUAAUGCUAUUGGUUAUUCAAAUUUACUAACAUAUGAUGAAUCAAUAGCACAAAAAUCAAAUAACGAUGAUGAAAAUGAUAGUAAUAACGCCAAAAAAACACCGACAAAAUAUGCUCAUAAAAUGCGUCAUCAACAUCGACAAUAUAUUCAUCAAUGGAUUUGUAUUCGAGAUAUUGUUGAUGGUUUAAUAACAUGUAAUCAUGUACUUAAAAGUAAAAGUAUCAUGGAUACACUUUCAAAAAUGGAUAUCUGGGUUAAACAACGAAAUGAACCAAAAGCAAUACAAUUAAAACCAGCUAAAUCUGAAUCAUCAGUAAUGACAACAGCAAAUAUUAAAUUAUUUAAAGCACGAGCACGACAACUUGUUUGGGAUUUAAUGGAAAUAAAAAAUGAAGUUCGUUUUCCUCGGCCAGCUCAUGGUCGUAUACCAAAUUUUCGUUAUUGUGAAGUAGCUGCUGAAAAUGUAACUGGUUUAGAAUGUUUUAAACGAGCACGAGUUAUUAAAAUAAAUCCAUCACUUGCUCAAGAACCUCUUCGUUAUUUAACAUUAGCUUAUAAUAAAGUACUUUUAACACCAACACCUUCACUUGAUUCCGCAUUAUUUUAUAAAUUAGAACCGAAAUUUUUACGUCGAAAUCAAAUCGAAUGGGCAGCAACAAAAACUGGUGUUGCUGAAUUAGGUACAGUUAUACAAUUACAAGCAUUAAAACAAAUUCAUGUUGACUUAAUUGUUGUUUCAUCAGUUGUUGUUGAUCCUAUAACUGGUGCUCGUAUUGGUAAAGGUAAAGGUUAUGCUGAUUUAGAAUAUGCGAUUAUGACACAAAUGGGUUGUGUAUCAAAUAAAACAAUUGUUAUAACAACAUGUCAUGAAAGUCAAUUAAUAAAUGAUAUACCAAAUGAUAUUAUGGAACAACAUGAUUUACCAGUUGAUAUUAUUGUAACACCAAAACGAUAUAUUUAUACGAAACGUUUAUUUCAACGACCUACACGUAUUUAUUGGAAUAAACUUGAUCCAGAUAUGAUGAUAAAUAUUCCAGUUUUACAAGAAUUAAAACGAUUAGAAGAACAAAAUAUUAUUAAAUCUCAAUGA